AUGGUAUCACAUAAAAUAAGCUCAUUAAACAUAUACUUAUUGGCCUUAGUGUAACUAGUAUGUUUAUUUUGUUGUCUGGUAAUCCAGUUGAGCGUUUGGAGGUCUUGGAUACGAUGUAAUGCUAAUUUAAUCUAAAAUACAUAAAUUUAAAUUUUCCACAAAAUGUCAUAAUCUAUUUGGAUCUUCAGAAAUAGUAACAGUAACAAUUAUACCAAUUGUGAGUAACAAUUAUACCAAUUUUGGAUAAACUAAAGAUCCUUGAUAUUAUUGAAGUUGUUAUAGGAUAUGAAUGUAUGCCAAAAUUUGGGAAGUUACUAUUUUAUAAUAUCAAUACCGACUUAAUAACUAAUUUAUCAGGAUUGAUUUCAUAAGUUGGCAUGGCAGUAGUGUUAUUUAUUUUAUCCAAGAUGUAUUUAUGGCUUUGUUUUAAAAACAAGUAUCAUAGAAUCAGGGCCUGCAUCUAAAAUUAUAAAAGUCGUAUCUUUCACAAUAGAUUGCUUCUUUGGUACAUAAACUUAAUGCAUUGA